CCGGGACACUGUCCAAGUGGUAAACAGACGGGCUGCAGCUCCUACAAACAUGGUGGUUCAAGGCUUAAGAGACGGACAAAAACACUGAAGCGCUGCUGGAAACUUCUGCAGGUGAGAGCAAAACUUGAAGCUGUAGGCCCUGAUUACAGCAAAGCACAUCAGCUUCUGAACUUAAAAGUACCUUGGCUAAAGAAGGCUGUGUGGACAACUGAGGACAUCUAGAAUCGGACCAGAACCAGGACAGCAGACAUGCCAGGCCCAGGAGCAGCAGACUCAAAGGGAGAAGAUUUCUCCACUGCCAUCCUGAAGCAGAAGCACAGACCAAAUAGGCUCGUUGUGGAUGAAGCGCUCAAUGAAGACAGCAGCAUUGUCAGCCUGUCUCAGACUAAGACAGAGGAGCUGCAGCUCUUUCGGGGCGACACAGUGGUGCUCAGGGGGAGGAAGCGGCGUCAAACUGUUUGCAUCGUCCUGACUGAUGAAACCUGCGGGGACGAACGUAUCCGGAUGAACCGGGUGACGCGCAGCAACCUGCGUGUCCGGCUGGGUGAUGUCAUCAGCAUUCAUGCCUGCCCUGAUAUCAAGUAUGGGAAGAAGAUCCACGUCCUCCCAAUAGACGACACUAUUGAGGGACUGACAGGGAACCUCUUUGAGGUUUUCCUAAAGCCCUACUUUCUGGAGGCGUACCGGCCUGUGCACAAAGACGACAUCUUCUUGGUGAGAGGGAGCAUGAGGGCAGUGGAGUUCAAGGUGGUAGAGACCGACCCCAGCCCUCACUGCAUUGUUGCUCCAGACACUGUCAUCUACUGUGAGGGAGAGCCAAUCAAAAGAGAGGAUGAGGAGGAGAGUCUUAAUGACAUUGGCUAUGACGAUAUUGGAGGCUGUAGGAAGCAAUUGGCCCAGAUCAAGGAGAUGGUGGAGCUUCCCCUAAGGCACCCAGGUCUUUUCAAGGCUAUUGGGGUUAAGCCGCCCAGAGGGAUCCUGCUGUAUGGCCCUGCAGGCACAGGAAAGACUCUGGUGGCUCGAGCCGUAGCCAACGAAACCGGUGCCUUCUUCUUCCUCAUCAAUGGUCCUGAGAUCAUGAGUAAACUGGCAGGAGAGUCAGAGAGCAACUUGAGAAAGGCAUUUGAGGAGGCAGAGAAAAACGCUCCAGCCAUCAUCUUCAUCGACGAGCUGGAUGCCAUCGCUCCCAAGAGGGAGAAGACCCAUGGUGAAGUGGAGAGGCGGAUAGUGUCCCAGCUCCUGACCCUGAUGGACGGCCUCAAGCAAAGAGCUCACGUGAUCGUCAUGGCAGCGACAAACAGGCCCAACAGCGUGGACGCGGCUCUCAGACGCUUUGGUAGGUUUGACCGCGAGAUUGACAUCGGAAUUCCAGACACGACCGGCAGACUGGAGAUCCUGCAGAUCCACAGCAAAAACAUGAAACUGGCAGAAGAUGUCGACUUGGAGAGGAUUGCCACAGAAACACAUGGCCACGUAGGCGCCGACCUGGCUGCUCUGUGCUCUGAAGCCGCUCUGCAAGCCAUCCGCAAAAAGAUGACCCUCAUAGACCUGGAGGACGAUUCCAUCGACGCUGACGUGCUCAACUCAAUGGCCGUCACCAUGGAUGACUUCCAGUGGGCACUGAGUCAAAGCAAUCCAUCUGCCCUGAGAGAGACUGUUGCAGAGGUGCCUCAGGUCAACUGGGAGGACAUCGGAGGACUGGAUGAGGUCAAGAGAGAACUGCAAGAGCUUGUCCAGUACCCUGUGGAGUAUCCGGACAAGUUCCUGAAGUUUGGCAUGACUCCAUCUCGGGGAGUGUUGUUCUAUGGCCCUCCAGGCUGUGGGAAAACUCUGCUAGCUAAGGCCAUUGCCAAUGAGUGCCAGGCCAACUUUGUAUCCAUUAAAGGACCUGAGAUGCUCACCAUGUGGUUUGGCGAGUCAGAGGCCAAUGUCAGGGACGUGUUUGAUAAGGCCAGACAAGCCGCCCCCUGCAUCUUGUUCUUUGAUGAGUUAGACUCUAUUGCCAAAUCCAGAGGAGGUGGAGCUGGUGAUGCAGGUGGUGCAGCUGACAGAGUCAUCAACCAGAUCCUUACAGAGAUGGACGGCAUGUCAGACAAAAAGAAUGUUUUCAUCAUCGGUGCCACAAACAGACCAGACAUUAUUGACCCAGCCAUCCUGCGACCGGGCCGUUUGGAUCAGCUCAUCUACAUCCCACUCCCAGACAAACCAUCACGCACUGCUAUACUAAAUGCCAACCUACGCAAGUCUCCUGUUGCUCGAGACGUGGAUCUGGAGUACCUGUCCGGCAUCACAGACGGUUUCUCUGGAGCUGACUUGACAGAGAUCUGCCAGCGGGCCUGUAAGCUGGCCAUACGUGAGGCCAUUGAAGCUGAAAUAAAGGCUGAACGCCAGAGGCAGAACAGACCGGGCAUCCCUAUGGAUGAGGACUUCGAUCCAGUCCCAGAGAUCAGGAAAGACCACUUUGAGGAGGCGAUGAGGUUUGCUCGGCGCUCUGUCAGUGACAAUGACAUCCGCAAGUAUGAGAUGUUUGCCCAGACUCUGCAGCAGAGCCGGGGUUUUGGAAACUUCAGGUUCCCAUCUGCUACUGGAACCCGGUCUGGAAGUCAAGGGUCAGGUUCAGGCUCAGGCUCAGGCUCAGGAAGGCCACAGCUUUAUAGAGAAGAAGGCGAUGAUGAUCUCUACCAGUGAUGAAAACUCACAUAAUGGAAUGGCCUCUAAAAAAAUUGAAACACGCAAAACUAAAGGACACUAGCAAUAUAUCAACACAUUUUUAAACAAACCAGAAAACAUCAAUACUGUAAUACUGUAAUUUGAACAGAAAAUAAAAUAAAUGCAUGUUGUACUGUAUGAAUGAGUAUAAUUAAUAAAUGUGUUUCUCUA